UUCUUCCCUAGGUAGAUUUGGCAUAAGGACCAGCUACCAUGAGCGUGAUUUUCUGACUCCUGUUUUGUGAUACUGUCUGACCUUUCAUUGAUGAUUCAGAUACAGCUGUAAAAUUGUGGGAAAGAAGGGCUUAUAACCCGGUGAAAAUGAAGAGAAGAAAAGUCAAGUAUUUACUUUAAUUCAAAGGAACAGAGAACUAAAGGAUAUCCAAGAUAUCGGUAACAAUGUUCCUCUUCACUUAUAAGGAUAAGAAAAGUGAAAACUUCUGCCCUCUUCGGUGAUACAAAAAUGACUUCCUUCCUGUUCAUUCUCAUACUUUCCUUCAUUGCCCACCCUGUGAACAACAUGGGUCCAGUCCAAUUCACAGUGACUGGACCCCUUUCCCCAGUUACUGCCACUUUGGGUGAGGAUGUUGUACUACGCUAUCAUCUGUUCCCCAGGACAAGUGUUCAGAACAUGGAGAUAAAAUGGUUCCGUUCGCAGAACUCUUCAUAUGUACAUUAUUAUCAGAGUGGCAGAGAUUAUUCUGAAAGACAGCAAGUAAAAUAUCAAGGAAGGACACAGUUUCUGAGAGAUGGCAUUGAUGAGGGAAAGGUUGACUUGAGAAUUUUUAAUGUCAGCCUUUUUGAUGAAGGAGAAUACUAUUGUUCUGUGAACAAUGGGAGUUUCUAUCAGGAAACCUCCUGGGAUGUGAAAGUAACCGCAUUGGGUCCUGCUCCAGUCAUUUCCAUUGAAGGUUAUAAAAAAGCAGGGAUCCGAGCUGUAUGCCAGUCCAGCGGUUGGUACCCCAGACCCAAGAUGCUCUGGAGAGACCCCAGUGGGAAACAUCUUUCUUCGUUUCAGAGAAAUUUCCAGAUGGAUAAUGGGCUCUUUGAUGUACACAAUGAGAUCAUCGUCACACAAAGUUCAAAUCACAAUUUAACCUGUGUGGUCAGGAACAUUCUUCUUAACAAAGAAAAGGAAUCAACCAUUCAUAUAGCAAUUGACGUUUUCCCCCAUACAUCACCCUGGAUAGUGGGUCUGUGUAUCUCCUUGGUGGUUUCGCUUGGUUUGGCUCUCUCUAUUCCUUACCUGUUUAAAAUAAACAGAACACUUGCUGCAGAACUUGGGUGGAGGAAUAUGGUGAUGCCAAUAGAGAAAGCAAACAUAACCUUGGAUCCAGAAACCGCGAACCAUGACCUCAUCCUGUCUGCAGACCAGAAGAAUGUAAUCCAAGGCUUCAUGUGGCACAGACUGCCUGACAACCCUAAAAGAUUCGACAUGGAACGUUGUGUGUUGGGGAGUGAGGGGUUUUCCUCAGGGAGACAUUACUGGGAAGUGGAGGUGGGGGAGGAGGGGUACUGGGCAGUGGGGGUGGCCAGAGACUCUGUGAGAAGAAAAGGGCGGCUUACCCUUGACCCCAAAGAAGGGAUCUGGGCUGUAGAAAAGUGCCGGGUCCAAUACCAAGCUCUCACUGUUCCAGAGACGCCUCUAUCUCUGAGGAAGAGCCCCCGGAAGCUUGGGAUUUAUUUGGACUAUGAGAUGGAGCAGGUGGCAUUUCAUGAUGUCAGUCACAAGACCCCCAUCUUCACCUUCCGUCUAGCUCCUCUCAAUGGGGAGAGAGUCUUCCCUUUCCUUCAUGUCGGGGUAGGAUGCUGGCUUACACUUUUGUUGGAGGCUUAUGCACUGCCCUGUGAAUGCAUGAAGCUGCCUUCUACCGAAUCAGGCACUUGGUCCAUCAAGAUGGCUACUCCAAAUCCAGAAAAAUUUCUCCAGGAUGAAGCCACCUGUUCCAUCUGUCUGGAUUAUUUUCAGGAUCCAGUGAUGGUCAUAAACUGUGGGCACAAUUUUUGCCGAAACUGCAUCACACAAUGCUGCGAAGGGUCACCUUUCAAAGCCAUUCCCUGCCCACAGUGCAGAAGACCCUUUCCCUGGAAAAACCUUCAUCCCAACAGACAUCUGUGGAACAUUGUGGACCUCGCCAAACAGUUCAGCAACAAGCGGGCAAAUGAAACUGGAGACUUGUGUCAGAAACACCGGGAGCCCCUGAAACUCUUCUGUGAACAUGACCAGACUCCCAUUUGUGUGGUGUGUGACAGGUCCAAGGCGCAUAAAAAUCACAGUGUGGUUCCCAUAGAGGAGGCUGCUCAGGUUUACCGGGGUAAACUGCAGCAUUAUCUUCAAGUGCUGAAAGAAGACAGAGAGGAGAUUUUGUCACAUAAAUCAGAGUUAGAGAAGCCAACCCAGGAUCUACUGAAAGACACAGCUGCAGAGAGGAAGAAACUUUCAUUGGAAUUACAACAGCUGCGUAAGCUUUUUGAGAAAGAAGAACAGCGUCUGUUGUCCCAACUGGAUGAAGUGGAAAAAGAAGUUGAGAAGAGAGAGGCUGAAAAUGUGACUGCGUUUUCUGAGGAGAUUUCCCGUCUUGAUGCCUUGAUCCGUGAGCUUGAGCAGAAGUGUCAGGAGCCACCAUGUGGGCUUCUCCAGAAUAUUGGAAGUACCAUGAACAGAUGUAAGGACAAGUUCCAGCUUCCUGUUACACGUGAUUCUUCAGAGCUGAAGAGAAAAUUGCAAAUCCUCUCUAAGGAAAGUGCGUUACUACAGGCAGAUUUGAAGAAAUUCAAAGAGACACUGUCUGAACCAAAGUGGAUAGAAGAGAAUGUGAUGCUGGACCAGGAGACGGCUCAUCCUAGAUUUCUUGUGUCUGAUGAUCGGAGAAGCGUGUCAUGGGGAUCGUUCCGGCAGGAGGUGCCCUACAGCCCCAAGAGGUUUGAGCCGGCCCGCUGUGUGCUUGGCUCUCAUGGAUUCAUGUCAGGGAAACAUCACUGGACGGUGGAUGUGGAGGAUGGAACUUUCUGGGCUGUGGGUGUGGCCCAGGAGUCUGUGCAAAGAAAAGGAAAGUUUAAUUUUGUACCUGAGGAGGGGGUUUGGGCUGUGGGCUUUUCAAACGGUCAGUACAAAGCUCUAACUUCACCUCCUGACUUUCUAAUGUUACUUACCCACCCUAAUAAGAUCCAGGUUUAUUUAGACUAUGAAAACGAGGCUGUCACUUUCUGGGAUCCAGAAGAGCAUGCUGAGUUGUAUCGCUUCGAAUCAGCAAACUUUAAGGGGAAAACACUUUUUCCUUUCUUCCGGAUUGGGGACAUGAAGACUAGCCUUUUGCUAUGUUAAAUGUGUGCUCUCCUGCAAAUCUCUUUUAAAGCUAAUUGCCAGUCUUUCCAUAAACUAAAUAAUAGCAACAAAAUAUGUGCCCAGUGCAUUUUCCAUAUUAAGUUCAGCCUUUGCUAAUAUAGUUUCCAUAUGUGAUUAGCCGUGGCAGUCUUCUUCCUUUCCAGGUUUCUGUACAUUCUGAAGGAAACUGUAGGAACAAUGUGAAAACAUUCAAUAUAUUUUUCAGUGUGUCAUCUGUAAUGGCCUGAAACUUAACUGAACCUCUACUUGUUUCUGUAGGCAGAAGCUUAACUUGUCUUUUUGAGCUUAGACUAAUGUUUCUCAUACGGAAUCUCUUUUUAAAAUUAAUUUUGUUUGAACUAGCAAGACAGAAAUGUAUACACCGUUUAAAACAACUUGCAGACCCAGCUUUUAACUGGAUUUGGUCAUACAUAGGUAGAGGUAUCAGAACAAGACACACAUUGUGUCAAUUAUCAAUGAUGUACUAGCAAAACAUGGAAGUGGUGAUCACAAAUGAAUUAGGACCCUGCUUCCAGGUGUUUUUUGUCCUGCAACGCUUCAGUUACAAUGAAUGUACAUGAACUACCCUCAACGGAUAUGAGAUAUGCAUUUUGCAUGUGGAUAUUAUAUGUAUAAACACACAGAGUAUUGUAGGACACAGCUAUGAGUCGUGUGGAGAGCAGUUAGUUUACCUAAGCUAAACUCAAGAAUUGGAGAGGGAAGAAAGAUCCUUGAAAGAUUUCUACAAGAGUAGUAUCUAUUCAUCAUUUUAGAAUAGUAAAUGCAUGAGUGAUCCCCCUUGCUUGUGCUUACUGAGAAUCUGUUUUAUGUCUUGCAAGUUUCUAUUUUUUUUAAAAAGGCAGGUUUUUUUCCCUCUGGAGUAGAAAUUGAUACAGAUUAGUUCUAUUUUUUAAACCAUUUAUUUUUUAUACAUAAAUUCUGAAUGAAAAAUUAACAGAUGACAAGCAUUUAGAUAGACCACCUUUGACUUUCCGAAUACUUUGCUACUUUUCCUUGUGACUUCCAAAAAUUAAUAAAUGCUAUUUGCCCUUAA